GGGAAGAAGAGCCAUAAACAUGCCUGUCUUAUCUGCACGUUGUAGAUGUGCCAGAUUAUUUCAACACACUUUUCAAGUAUAGGCAAGAGUUCCUUAGACAAUUACCAUUCAUCGGAGGGUUAUCCGCGGCGUUAAACAGAUGGCACUAUCAGGAUGGAUCUGUGUGGUGACUGGUGCUUCCAGAGGAAUUGGAAGAGGUAUUGCCCUUCAGUUAUCUGAGGCAGGCGCUACAGUGUACAUCACUGGUCGACAGGAGAAAACUCUGAAGCAGACAGCAGCUGAGGUGACAGAGAGAGGUGGCCGAUGUCUUCCAGUGGUCUGUGACUCAUCUAAAGAGGAUGAAAUCAAGGAGCUGUUCGAACGUGUUCAACGUGAGCAAAAUGGCAGACUUGACUUAUUGGUGAAUAAUGCCUAUGCAGGUGUACAGGCUAUAUUUGACAACAUGAACAAGAAAUUCUGGGAGGUGGAUCCAGAAGUUUGGGACACCAUCAACAACACUGGACUCAGGGGUCACUAUUUCUGCUCAGUGUAUGCUGCACGGAUGAUGGUGGCGCAGGGCAAAGGCUUGAUUGUCUUCAUAUCAUCCAUGGGUGGUCUGCGCUAUCUCUUCAAUGUGUCCUAUGGGGUCGGCAAAGCUGCAUGUGACAGAAUGGCAGCAGACAUGGCAAUAGAGCUGAAGAAGAAAGGUGUGGUUUCUGUAAGCCUCUGGCCAGGGGCCGUUCAGACGGAGUUAAUUAAUCAGUAUAUAUCUCAUGAUGAGGCUUCUACAGGAUUUGAUCCAAAAUUCAAGAAAAUAUUUAAUAAGGGUGAGACGACAGAGUUUAGUGGACGAUGCAUAGUUGAGCUGGCCAAAGAUAAAAGUCUAAUGUCAAUGACUGGGCAAGUGUUGAUGACCUGUGACCUCGCUCGCCGCUAUGGACUCAAGGAUGUUGAUGGUCGCAGUGUCGUGGACUACACCUCUUUGAAGUUUGUCAUUUCCCAGGUGCCCUAUGUGUCCUGGCUGUCUGUAUUCACUCCUUCAUUCAUCAGAGUGCCUCGUUCCUUGCUGAGCCUUGGCAAUUGAGAAAUCUAAUAUAUUUCAGUGAAGAGACAUUGUAUAUUUUUUAAUCUUUUCAUUAAAAGAAAAUUUGUU